AUGGCUCGUAGACGAAACAGAUUACCAGAAGAUUUCAUAAGUCCAUGCACGAAAUAUUCUUUGUUCUUUUUCAACUUACUUUUUUGGUUUGUUGGAGGAGCAAUGGUUGGAAUUGGUGGCUGGUCAUUCUUAGAAGAGUACAACUACAAAGGUCUUCCAGAAGUAAAUAAUGCCUUUGAGCUAUUUGUUCAUAUCUCUGUUGUUGUUAUGGUAUUAGGAGGAAUUGUUUUCAUCAUUAGUUUUGCUGGCUGUGUUGGAGCUCUUCGAGAAAAUCCGUGUCUUCUGAAGUUUUACUCAUUUACUCUGGUACUAUUAUUUAUUGGAGAAAUGGCAGCAACUGUUCUUGCUUUUGUUUUUCCAAAUCAGUUUAUUGAUGCUUUGAAAGAAGGCUUGUCUAAAGAGCCUAUUGCCAAAUAUAGAGAUGAUGCUAAUUUACAAAAUGUUAUUGAUGCUUUUCAAACCGAGUUUCAGUGUUGUGGCAUAUCAGAUGAAGGAUAUAAAGAUUGGUCUAAAAAUAUCUAUUUUAACUGUAGUAUCCAAAAUAAAAGUCCAGAAAGAUGUGCUGUUCCAUUUUCAUGCUGCAGAAACCCACAUAAUAUAGAGAGUGGACUAAUAAAUGUUAUGUGUGGUUAUCAAAUGCAAAACGCAUCAUCAGUCAUAAAUGCUAGUGAAUUUAUAUAUUCACGUGGCUGUAUAGAAGCUAUUCAAGAUUAUGUUGUGCGCAAUUUACAUCUUGUGGGAGGAAUAUUUCUUGGAGUUUCUUUAAUACAGCUGUUUGCAAUAUAUUUGUGUAAAACUUUGUUAGCACAAAUAAGUGCUCAAUUGGCUCAGUGGUGAUAAUCUCAAAUCCUUUAUAUAAUACUUGUACAUAUAAUAAUUAUUUAUACAAUACUUGUAUGUUAUUAUCAAGUUUUUUCAUGAAAGAAAAAUGUUAUGAGGUAUGGUAUCUAAAAUAUGUUUUCAAUAUAGAUAUGUUUUCCAGGAAAUUUUUUUAUUGAGUUUUGGAAAUGUAUUAAAUCUCAUAAAAUGAGGUUUUAAACCAAAGAACAGAGAAAAGAAAAAAAAAGCUGUACCUGUGUGCCUUAUAAGAGCAUUCAGAAUUAAAUUACCGCAAAAAAUGAGGCAUAAUGAAAAGUAUUCAAUAAUGAUUACAGCUAAUAUUAUUGGUGAAAAAUGUAUUAAAAAAUUAGUAUCUGGUUUUGAUGAGGAGUCCUAUGUCCCUAGUCAUGAAUUCUACUAUGUCAUAAAAGAAAGAUGCUGAAUUAUAGGUUUUAUAAACUUAUUUACUUUUGAUUUAUCCAGUUCUACUGUAUCCUGCAAUGAUAUAUUUGAUUUUUUUUUCACUUUGAUUCAUCAAACUGACUUAUAUCCGUACAAUACUGAUUAGUUACUUCCAAAUGUUCACAUUUUAUCUUUUUUAAGAGCUUUAUUCAAUAGUGCUCUUUUAAAUUAUUGUUCUAUUCAUGCUGUCCAAAUUGUGUUUUGUCCGAAGUGCUGCUUUUUUCAAAAUGUUUACUCUUGUGGUUGCUUUUCAGCAAAGGUUUUGUUACUUCUUAGGAUUAUGCAACUUAUGAUCUUGUCUCAUAAAAGUAAAGCAUCUGCCUAUAACUCUAUGUUUAUCAUAUUAAUGCCAGUUUAUUAUUAGAUAUUUCUCACGUUGUGAUGUUUUGUGAAGAAACUAUACUCUUUAUUGUGAAAUUUAGUAAAACCAGCAGAAGCAGCCUUGAUAUCAUACUUCCAAAAUUGCUAUGCAACCGUCCAUAUAGCAAUGAUGGUUUCUUAAUAUGAGUAUAUUUUAUAUCAGCUUACUUUGUUAACUGUUUACUGUGUACAGGCAAUAUCCAAUAUUUUCCCUUUCUUUAAAAUGGAAAAUAAUACAGUAUGCUCUCGAUAUCAUGAAGUUGAAGGGACAUUUAAAAAAUUUGAGCUAUCGAGUUUUUGAGAUAACAAGGUCGUAAUUAUAAAAAAAUAAUAUUCUAAAAAUUAGUCACAAUAGUUAAAAAUAAGUGGAAUCGUGUAAUGAAAGUUGAAAAAAAAGUCUUAAUACAAUAAUAAAAAUUUUAAUUUUUAAAAUGAGCCAAAAAUAAUAGAGAAAAUAUUUAAAAAAAAUCUAAUAAAGUAAUAAAAUGUAGUAAUUUACCAAAACUUAACUUAUCAGAGAUUUGGAUUACCAAGUUGCAGGACAGUUUCAAAGGAGUUUCGAGCGCCCCAGGUCAAAAGAAGUUGGACAAAGGAUUGCACCAUUCCCUGUGUCUCUAAAAGGGUUUCCCGUUCAUUUCCCCUUUUUACAGAGGUGUAAAUAAGAGAGUCAAAAGUUCCAACGCAAUGGCAUGAGAAGAGGACAAGAAGUUUUUGGUAGGUUUUUUGGGCUUCUCAGGAUUUACGUUUUCUGACUCUAGAAUAAAAGUGACAGUAGGUAAGCUUGUCUGAAUCAUUCCUAACCCUUGAGAGAAAUGAAGGGUGUGAGAAAUUUUUGGAAGCAUUCUUCGAGUUGCUUCAAGACAAUAAACUGCAGUUUUCAGGAAAAAUUUUAUUUGAUCUAACAAGGUUUUGUUUCAAAACUCUUUGACAUAAUAAUAACAAAUAACAUUAGAUAAAUACGCAAAAUCAAGGGGGAAAAUAAUUUUUCAUCUUAUCAAGGUUUUUGAGAUAUUGAGAGUAUACUGUAUUACAAUUAAAAUGAACAUAAGUAAGUUUAUGCCUUAUGUGUUGUUGAUGAUUUAACUAAAGUUUAUCUUUUAAGGCGGUAACUUUGUAGUGUUUAUUGCAUCAAUCAACUUUUGUGUCUUCUCUCCAUUUUUAAAUUACAUAUAUAUAUUUUAUUUUUAUUGUUACCUAAUUUCACCCUUAUAUUCCAGUUUAAAAUCCUAUGUUAGAUUCAGGAAGUACCAUUCAUAAAGAAGGAAAAACAUGAAAAUAUUUAUUUUACAUUGAAUUGUGUAGUAUUACCUCCACCCCUUUCCUUGUUGGUUUCGUUAAUGAUUACAUAAAUUACAUUAAAUUAUGGUAUUUUGUUAGGAUUUGGUAUUUUGCUUAGUGUUCUUUAUGGUAAAAUGCUUGCCCUUGCUUUGAAACAUGCCACCAUUAGUAUGCUUUAAAUUGUAUUUUCAAAUUAAAUUUUGCUAUUGAGGCUUGAUUUUAAUUUUAAAUUUCAAAGGUUUGUUUAAAAAACUUAAAAACAGUAUUAAAUUUAUGUGAAUAUGUGCAUUCACUGAUGUUCCAAAAGCACUUUCUAUGUUUUUUCAAAAGGAAGCAACACAUAUUUUUUUUUACUGAAGUUAAUUUUAUGAAUUUGUCUUUUUAUAUGAAAUUGUAACUAUUUUUGAUAUACUUUUUAUAAGUGAACAUUAUUUUUCUAUGUCAGUCAUUAAUCAUUUGUGCAGGCAGGAAAUUCUCAUAGGUAUGUACCAAAACAGUUGACUACAACUCACCGUAAGGCGUUAAGUGUUCUGUGUUUUUUUUUUUUUUUUUUUAGAUAAAUAAGCAUUAAAUUUAAAGAGCAAUGUGCCAUGCAUGUCAGUUUAAUUUCUGUGAUAACUGCCCAUCAAUUUGUAGAACAAAUUGUGACAUUUUGAUUUGCAUGACACAUCUUUCCAGUUCAAGUGGUUAUUCUUAAAAUCACAAUCUAGUGUGUCUUUUCUGAAUCAUUAAGAACAUGCAUCACACAAGCUCUGAAAUGAAGUUUACUCUCUCUAUAUUUAAUUGGCAUUUCCCUCCCUCCUCUACUUUAAUAGUAGGCAUACAUGUGAUAUUUUAUUCAUUUGUUUUAUCACUUUGAUAAACAUAUGUUUUGAUAAUUACUGAUUAGAUUUCAUAUCCGGUAUUGCAUUUUUUAUGUGGGUUUAUUUUUAUAUCCUUAGAUAGGGCUUUCUAUAACAUCAAAAAAUUUAAAAGCACUUAAUUUUAAAGCACUUUCAUAUCAUUGUUAAUUUUCAUUUAGGAAACUUGCUGAAAGAUAGCUUAAACAUUUUCCUUUGUGUAAGAGCUAAGUGUGAAGAACAAUGCUGUGACCAAAAAAAAAAAAAAAAAAACAUGUUUCUUUUCUUUCUUU